AUGCUCUCCCUGUUUGACCCAGACUCCAGUGGUGCCAGUUCCUCAGCAGCACCAGUGGAUGGCGCUGUAGACCUGCGAGAAGAGGAGAUGGAGCAGUCUGUCUUUGGACUAAGUUUUGCUCUGGACCCUUCAGCUGUCCCUCAAUCCCUCCAUCUUUCCAACUCCUCCCUCUCCGUCACCUACCGAGGAGAGAGCCCUCCUGGCCCACCUCCAGACAACAAGGUCAGAGGAUCCAUGACCUCUGACCCCGGGGGCCCGCUGGCCCUCCCUCAGGUCUGCGCUGAUGUUGUCAUCACACGGGGACAGUAUUACUGGGAGGUUGAUGUCUGUAACAGCUCUGUCUACAGGAUCGGUGUGAGCUCACUGAAUGGCCCUGGCGGCUGGUGGCUCGAGAGGCGGGGCUUAUCUUUUUGUGCAGUGUAUGAUGGGAGCCGGGAGCCGCUCUGCACUGUCCCCCCUCAGAUCAAAACCCUCGGAGUCUUCCUCAACAUGGGAGGGUGCACCCUGAGCUUCCACAACCCUCUGACCCAGGAGCACCUCGCUACGCUGCCGACCCGCUUCGACCCUGCUGGCGUUGUCCCAGCUCUGGCUCUGGGCCAGGGUCGCCUCAGGCUGCGCUGCGGCCUCCCCCCUCCUGCUCAUGUGUUCCUCAGUAAGGACUCGGCCUACAGGGGGCCCUGUGGGGCCGGUGGAGGCCGCUGGCGCAGGGAGAUUCCAUUCCACUCUGUCAGGAUAGUGAUCCAGAAGUUUGAGGAGCUGGCUGUUUCCGACUCCGACUCGGGCCUGGUGUCUAGUUUCGGAUCGUCCUGCUCCACCUUGGCUUCUCUUCCAGAUCUUGGGAUGUGUCCCUCUGGGCAGGCAGGACAGGAAACUGGAGCUGAAUAAGAAGCUCUUGAAUGGGAGCAUCAGAAACACUCCCACUGCUCCUCUGAGGGGUUUGAUCUGUGGAUGUCAUUUGAAAGGCUAAUUUUUCAUCUUGAAGGACUUUUGGCUGCCUCUUUCCACUCUCUGCGUGACCCCGGAGCAGCAAUUGACUCUCUCCCCAGGACAUAAUCCUUUCUCUCAACCAAACUACCCACCCCCCCUCGUUUGAGAUCAGGCCAGAAUGAGUCCUGUGUAAUGUGAAGUGUGAGGAAAGGGUGGGCCUUUAGCAGCGGGACUCCUUGAUUUGUCUCUGUGUGACCGUUGUCGGACAGUAGGGGUCCUACAGUAGCACUGCGCACGUUCCUGCAUGUGUGUUUGUGCUCAGUCGCAUUUCGGUUUGUGUGUGAGCAGGAGGGAACAAUGUAUGAGCAGCAGGGGGGGAGAUGACGAGGUGUGAGUACAGUGACACCAGCGGUGUUGACACAGAGCAGCAGAGGACAGGUGGGGACACGCUUUAUCCCGCGGCCUGCCUUCGAUAGGACAGUAGGGCUGCCCUUUACUGACCCUUUGAAAUCCACAGGACUCCCAAAGACUUCAAAAGGGGCGACAGAGAGCAGGAGAACAGAGAGGGAGAAAGAGAAAACAGCAUGCAUGAAUUAAAGACAGCAGGUGAUGACCUGGUUAAAAAAAAAAGAAGAAGAAAUGAGCUGAGAGAGGGAUUCCCAACAGCUUUCAUGCCAAGAAGCUCUGAAUAGAUCAAAUGACUCAUGCUACAGCAUCUGAGAGUCUGUUUAAAGCGCUACUGAGCUGCUACUUUACACAGGGUUCAUACAAAGUGUUUAAAGUUUGAAAAAGUCUUCAUUCAAACCAUUAGGGAAAUAACUGAAUUUGCUUGAUGCUUGAUUUUCAACAUAGUCUGAUGUUUUUAAUUGACACAAACCAAAAAAUGUCAAAUAUUUGAAAUACAAUGUAUUUGUCAUAUUUUUGGUUGUCUCCUGACACACCAGACAAGCUAAGCUUGCUUAAAAACCAACAAGUCCUGUGUUCUGCAAGGUAAAAUUAUGGUUUUUGUCAAAGGAGUCUGGUGGCUUUAAAGAGAGGAUAAAACAGCUUCAGUUCUCCCCAUGGAAAACAGACUGUCAGAUGGCAUUGUAAAAGUUAUUCUUACUAGGUACACUAUAACUGCUAACUACCUUAACCCUUUGGAGUCUUGGACUAUUCUGUCCAUUUUUAAAUACUUUCAUAUAACACUUUAUACUAAUUUACAGUGACGACAAGUA